AUGGAACAACCAAAGAAUCACGACCUUGCCCAUUUCAAUUCCUCUGAACAUAGGACCGUAGAUAAUGGUCCCGACUCACAAGUUUUCAUGGCCGAUUCUUCAGGCCAUGCGAACAUGAGCCUGAAGCUGCCAGAGAUCACUUUUUCAGAAGCUAAACCGGUGCUUAAUUACUCCAUACAGACUGGUGAGGAAUUCUCACUCGAGUUCAUGCGUGACAGAUUCAAUCCGAGGAAGCUCUUACUAGAAACAUACAGUGACACCUCUCAAGCUCCUGGGCAUUUUGGGAAAGGCCAAACGGGAUCUGAAAGCAGUACCGAUAUCUCCAUGAUUACCCCUGUGGAAAAAGAAUCGAAACAACUCUCACAAAAGAAUCCAUCUGCAAAUGGGGACAUUGUGAAUAAUAACCAUGGCAAUCUCCAUUCAAUGCAGGCCGUCCCAUGUGCUCCAAUUAUAUCCGACAGCUCAUCAAUAAAGCUUAAGAUAUUAUGCAGCUUUGGUGGAAAGAUUCUGCCUCGGCCAAGUGAUGGGAAACUCAGAUAUGUCGGUGGGGAAACUCGCAUUGUCCGGAUAAACAGGGAUAUUACAUGGAAAGAGCUGUGGCAGAAAGCGAAUGCAAUCUAUGAAGAGACAUGCGCUGUGAAAUAUCAGCUCCCUGGGGAGGAUCUCGAUGCCUUGGUAACCAUAUCGAGCGACGAGGAUUUACUGAACAUGAUGGAGUAG